GUCCCGAAUCUGCCUCUGUUCCUAUGGAAGUUCGUCUGGAAAUACCUUUCGGCAUUGCUCCGAAGACAAUGAACCCGAUUCUUCCCAGUGAAGUCAUCCCGCUCCCUGUUCAUCUGGCAGAAACAGGCCGCAUUAGCUGGCGUCCCUCCAAUAAAGAUUAUCUUUGGAGCGAAGCACAACCUUUGUCGAAAGUUGAUGUCGACGAACUAUCCCUCGGCGUCACAGCGACCGUUUGUCUGCUAUCCAUCUCGGCCCAGCCAAGGUCCAUUCCGCUGUUGCGUCAGUGUGGAGGAGACGGAAGUGUCGGCUGCAAUAUAUGCUUCAAAGUCUUCGUCAGACAAGCUUCAAGUAACCUCAGAGAUGGAAGAUGUGGAACGUUUUGCUUCAGGCUCCGCUUGUUAUAUGAAUUGUCUUCCAUGUGCCAUGGACGUGAUCGUCGAAAGGGGUGCUGGAGUGAAUGCUCAUACGUCCAUCCCGAAGGGCGAUUCUGGCUUCUUUUACGAGGUGGACGUCGUGCAUGACCUGAACAAAAAAAGCUACUAUCUUAGCUUCUUACCUAGAACUGUAAAGUUCGAACGCGCUGCAUCUAGAGAUAGAGGGGAAAGAACAGAAAGGCCUGUCGACGAUGAAAUGACCGUCUUUGAUCCCGGAAAUCCU